CGCUAGUCGCUUGACAUUUUGACAGCAAAUGCCAAAACAAAAUCAAUACAAAAUUUGUAUUGCAUUCAAUGCAGUAAUUUUCUUUUUUUGUUAAGUAAAUCACGAAAAUGGAUUUUAACUUAAAAAAAAUCGUGAAGGACGCGGGAGCGGCCGUGAGCAGAGUCGUACAGCUGACUGAGGAAAAGUUGGGCACUUCUGGAAAAACCGAACUGGAUGCUCACUUCGAAAAUCUAUGGGACAGAGCGGAAAACACGAAGAAUUUCACUGAAAAAAUCGUCAAAAAUGCCGAGGCCGUACUUAUACCAAAUCCAGGCAAUCGAAUUGAAGAUUUCAUCUAUGAAAAAAUCGAGAAGAAAAAACCGUCGCGCCUGAGUAAUUUGGAGUAUUUGGGGCUGGAUAUGAUAGAGGCUGGGAGCGUUUAUGGGCCUGGGACAGCCUACGGCAGUGCACUUAUCAAAGUGGGACAAUGGGAGCAAAAGUUGGGGCAGAACGAAAGGGAUUUCAUUGGGUCAGCUGGGAUGUGUUUCACCCAACCAAUGAGGAAGUUUUUGGAUACCGAAAUUAAAACUAUUUUGAAGGAAAAAAGUGUUCUGGAAACCAAAAGGUUGGAUCUGGACUCUUGUAAAAAUAGAGUAAGAAAGGCAAGAAGUAUGUUAGGACAACCUUCUAAGGAUGGUGUGACUCCAGAGUUUCUUUUGGAGCAGGCCGAACGCGACCUAAGAAUCGCUCAGUCGGAGUUCGACCGCCAGACCGAGAUCACCAAACUGUUGCUAGAGGGCAUCAGCAGUGCGCACGCGCAGCAGCUGCGAUGCCUGCACGAGUUUGUCGACACGCAGGCGCGCUACUACUCGCAAUGCACGACGAUCAUGACCGAACUUCAGCGAGAGCUAGCGAGCUCCGCAAAACCGGGUCCGGUUCUGCGACUUAACAGCGAAGAUCUCGAACCCGCUUCCAACGACAAAAACGCUUCCACCUCUCCUUCCGCAUUCAUUCCCAUCUCUAUUACCGGCGACGACACCAAUUAUUCCGUGCUUUAAGCGCCAUCCGUUGGCCGCAUCGCGAAACGUCGUCUUGACGUUAGAAAUGUCACUUUGACGUCUGUAAUGUCACUUUUCGUACGUUUUGCGAUGUUUUAAGCAUGAAGUCUAUGGGAAUGCAUACAUAUGUAUUUAUUUAUUUAAUACAUUUAUAUAUUUUCCAAUCCUAUAGACUUCUUGGUUUUAAGCUAUUUUUUUGUUGCAUGUUUAUAAAGUUAUUAGUUUCUUUGAAAUUUUACUUAAUAUUUAAGAUUGUUUACAGCAAUAAUAUUUAACAAAAAAACUUAUAAAAUAUCUUAUGCAAUCAAGUCGUUUGUUCAUUAAGAACUGUGCCUUUUAUAAUUAACAAUAAAUAAUUAGAAUUGCGUUCUUAAAUUAUAAAAAUAAAUAAUAUAAAUGAAAAGUAGGAUUGCUAGGCACGCAAAAAAACGAUAUAAGGUCCUAAAAUCUAAAAUAAAUAUUUAAGCAAUAAAAUACCACUGGGAAAAAGUUUAAAGAUUUGGGAAACUGACGAAAAAUCUGAUUUUGUACAAAAAAAUAAUAUCUUGUUUCCCAGUGGGGUGCUCCCCACCCAAAAGUCCCACGUUGACAUUUUAAUACAAAUAAUUAAGGUU